AGAUGCGUGCAUUGGGGUCUAGUAGUUUUUAAUGAUAAUUUAUUAUUUAAUCAACGCUGAAAUGGAAAAAAUAAUAUUCAUUAAUAUGGUCAUAAUAGGCUCGGUUAUUCAAUCAUGCCAAACCGCCUAUAUAACAUGUAAGUAAGAAACGCCCCUCUUCAUUCUCUCACAGUUCACCCUAAACCCAAACCGCCCGUCCUUUUUUCUCUCACAACCGCAAAGCCGAACACCAAGAUCUACACAGCCAUGGACAACGUCUCAUCUUUGGAGUGCCUGAAAUUAGAUUCCCAGUCGGAGGUGCUCUAUAAGGACGGCGGCGGAAAGGACCUUUUAUCUCCAGCUAUGGUCCCCAUCAACUGCGAUACACCAAUAACCGGGAGCGAGGCUGAUGAAUCGGAGGCUGAUGAUUCUGAUACUGAUGAUUUCGAGACUAACGCACGCGAUACUGACGAAUCCGAGACUGACGAAUCCGAGACUGACAAAUCCGAGACUGACGAUUCAAAGACUGAUGAUUCCAAGACUGAAAAACUUAUUAGUCAUGAAUGUGGGUAUUGUUUAAAGAUGGGUGAUCACUUUACGCAAUUAUGCCAUUACAGGUAUCAUGUCCCAGAGAACGCAAUUGUUGGCAAGAGGUGUGUGGUAAUUUGUCAUUGUUGUGGGUGCCACUUUAGAGACUCACGUUGUUCCAGAUGUGGCGGAAGCGAUGGAUUUGCAAUGACCAUGUAUUGUAUACAUUGUAGGAAUUAUGGUGAACACAUGACUUAUAUGUGUCCGAACCGCGAGCCGACUCCCCACUUAUGUUCCUUGUGACCCUUAUACUAGUUCUUGUUCUUUCAAUUUAAAUAGUAGUAGAGAACGGAGGGUUAA